AUGUCACCGACAAAGUGCAAGAAAUCAUAUGGUCGUUGGUCACCUCCAGGCNAAGUACAAGAAAUCAUAUGGUCGUUGGUCACCUCCAGGCCUAACAACAGGUUCAGUGGGUACGACGAUGCUGGUGAUUGGAUCCAAAUGGACUUGGUGAAGAACCGACUUUCAGGUCGAAGAAAUUCAUUACGUCUUUAUUUGGAUGAGCGCAGACUGCUCAGAAAUUGCAUACUCAAUCCGAUUGAUGUUGGUAAACCUGUUCCUCCGGAACCGGAUUCAUUCUCUUUAACAAGACUGAACAUUACAGUUCACGAAUUCAACAUAUAUUCUGUCAAAUCUAUCCUGUUGGCUUGCCGCCUGUUCCAUGAAGCCAAAUCCGCGCGACGGACUACCCAAAGGGGAAAACGUUGGUUAUCCGAGCUGGGGUCCGUUAUCAGUGAUACAUUGUUUGGCCUUGUCGGCACGCCGAAUACAAAUCACUGUGGUCCAAAACGAAUCGCACUGCUGAUCAGCCGCUCACGGCAGAACGGUCAAAUUUUCAACUCGUUAGCCGAAAGAUUGCAUGUUCGAAACUCUCAAACGGAGUUUGAUGAAAUGCGUACUGCCGACAAUUUUGAAAGGAAACGCGAGGGCUGGGAUACUGUCAGGUUACCCAAGCCUAGAGAGGGGAAGUCGGGAGGCAGAAGUUACGUUCGAACCACGAACCUUUCGGUCAACACUGAUGAAGACAGAAAUAAGCCUUUGGGGCCUGAAAAGCAAACGGACAUCUGUUGUCGCUAUCACGACAGGUGCUCUUAUGUCAUUAAAUCGGGGGAAACCAAAUGGGGAAUCACAAACGAUAUGAAGUCCGCAAUGUCCCACUGUUCCUGCGAUAAAACCUUCAUCAGAUGCCUUAAAAAGGUUAACACACCAACCGCGAUUGCUGUGGGCACUGGCUAUUUUUCCAUUUAUCAACCUCACUGUUUUGUUUUUGCUAAGGGAAGAACGGAUAAAGCGGUAACCCGCCCGAGUUAUUCUUUCCUUAAUCCCCCGUAA